UCUAUGUGAUUGGCUUGGCUCUCUCUCUCUCUCUAUCAUCCUUCCCUAUGGAGAAGUUUAUUAAGGAGCCUCUACAAACAAUACCUGAUGAAGAUGAGUGUCGCAACCAAGAAAGAAGGAAAGCUAAUGAAAAGGCUGCUGCUGCUCAAAGUUAAUUUAAAGCCUUUCACAAAGCUCAUUACCCAAAGCAAGAAACAAAGAUUGUAGCUUUUUCCUUCUUCAUGCUUCUUCUUCUUCUUCUACUCAUCUUCUCUCACAUCCCCACUGGGUUUUACAGCCAAGAUCAACAGUUGCACGAAUAAAGAUUCCCUUUUCUUCUCAUCUUCUUCUUAGGCUUAUAUUAUUGUACAAGAAUAUAGGAUCAUCAUCCUGCAGCCACAUACAUAUCCGAUAGAUAUACGAAAUAAUUAACCCAUGUUAGCUAACAACUCUUCCUCAUCACUUCCUUCUUCUUCCUCUUCUGAGCCUUUUUCUUGCUUAGAACCUGCAACUAACAACAAUAAGAGAAAAAGAAGACCUGCUGGAACUCCAGAUCCAGAUGCUGAGGUGGUCUCUCUAUCGCCCAAAACAUUAUUAGAAUCUGAUCGUUAUGUGUGUGAGAUCUGCAACCAGGGGUUUCAAAGAGAUCAAAACCUGCAGAUGCAUAGGCGGCGCCAUAAGGUCCCUUGGAAGUUACUCAAGAGAGAAACUCCUGUGGUGAAGAAGCGAGUUUUUGUGUGCCCUGAGCCUAGUUGCUUACACCAUGAUCCAUGCCAUGCCCUUGGUGAUCUUGUUGGGAUAAAGAAACAUUUCAGAAGAAAACACAGCAACCACAAACAAUGGGUGUGUGAGAAAUGUUCUAAAGGUUACGCUGUUCAAUCUGAUUAUAAAGCUCAUCUCAAAACCUGUGGCACCAGAGGCCAUUCUUGCGAUUGCGGUCGUGUUUUCUCAAGAGUUGAGAGUUUUAUUGAGCAUCAAGACACUUGCAAUAUGGGACGUUUACGGCCUGAAAUGCCAUCACUACAGCCUGCAUGCUUAUCUAGAACUGCUUCAAGUCCAAGUCCUUCUGCAGAUACCAAUUUCAGCACAGCUCCAUGGCCUCCUUUAGUAAUACCAAGGCCGAAAACUGAUGCCAUUUUCUUGAGCCCUACUGUAGAUAAAAAACAUUACAAUUUGGAGCUUCAGCUUUCAAGCACAACAAAUCCUCUUGAGGUUUCAGUUUCUCCUAAGACAGAUGAUAAUCACUCCACUCAGUUGCAGCUCUCAAUUGGGUCAAGUGACUUCAGUGAGAAAAAUGACUCCCCUAAUAUCACUUGUAACACUAAAGAUGCAGGUAAACUUUCCCCUAGAGAAAGCAAUAAUGAUAAUACUGGGAAACCUGAAUUGCCAGCCUCAAAGGUUAAAGAAGCAGCAUGGGAGCAGUUAAAAUUGGCUAUGGAAGAGAAGGCUUAUGCUGAAGAGGCAAGACAACGAGCGAAAAGGCAAGUUGAAUUGGCGGAACAAGAAUUUGCUAAUGCCAAGAGAAUUAGACAACAAGCUCAAGUUGAGUUAGAUAAGGCACAAGCUCUGAGAGAACAUGCAACAAAACAAAUCAAUUCAACCAUUCUCCAAAUUACUUGCCAUGCUUGUAAACAGCAGUUUCGUGGGAGAAAAUCUCCAGAUGAUAACUCUUUGGUUUUGAGUUACAUGGCGUCAGCAAUAACAGGAGAUGAAGUAGAGAAUCAUAAUCUAGCAAGGACAGCAUGUAACCUACCCAUAAAUUAAAAUCCUUUUGCCUACGUACUUCUGUUUUGAUUUUAUAUAUAUUAAUCAGUUUUCUUUGUUAAUUGCCAUUAUUAUAUAUUAAGAUCAUUAUUUUGUUUAUGAUCUAAUAUUGGUAUACCAAGUAGUUAGGUGUUGAUUAUGGAAGCUUUGAGAAAGUGUUAUCAUUGUGUUGGUUAAUGGAAGUAUAAAUGAUGAUGAUGAAUUGUUUUUUCUUU